GUGGAGCCGAGGAGCUUCAUCUGUUCCAGCUGAGACCGCUCGGACAAUGCCUGCCUAAAUCGUCAGGUACCCUAGCACCCAGCGGACAGCGAAAGCCUCUGCAACCACCUCUAUGUAGCCCUCCGUGAAUCCAGUCUCCAGGACUAUACGAAUCGUCCACCGCCUGGCCGGCAUGGCUACCUACCCUACCUACCACAAAGGCACAGCCAGUGUCUGGAGUGCAGAUGAGGCCCUACGACGACGACCACCACAACGACGACGACGACUACGACGAUGCCGCUAUUCCGUGCUUCCAGUGUCGCCGCAUCUAUAGGACGAGUGACAGCUCCGCACACUAGUUCUCUAGCCAGGCGUUUGGCGCGCUCAAGCUUCCGUUUCAUUCUGAUGACCGGCGCUAGACUUACUUGUCUGUCGCGCACCCAUCAUUCACAAUUUCACGUUGCCUCCAAACCGCCAAUAUCCGUCCGAAAUAGCUCGCGCACGGGUCCAAUUAUCAUCACUGGCCAAGCCUACCAUGGUUAUGGAUCUGCAUCACCGUGGGCUCUUCUUGGCCGUGCCAUGACGAAUCUACAGUCGUCCGUUCCACAUUAGUUCUCGUGGUUGUUCCAGUAAUACGGAUAUGGUGGAGAGCGAUGACCUUUGGUUGCAUUAUCGCAAUCU